UAAAGACGUCUUCAGAUGGGCAGCGGCUGCAUCUCUCACCAUAUGAUCCUUCAGUCGGUUCACACUUUUCUGCAGGAUGAAGAGUAUGAGGGAAAAACAGACUGUAAUUCUUCUCAUGUCACUGUGGAUGUCUAUGGGGAAAUCUGACUUCGCACCGUAUUUCUAUGAUAAUGGAGCUGGCAGCAGGAAUGGAAACAUGGCACUUUUCAGUAUCGCUGAAGACACAUCUGUUGGGACUCAUGUGUACACGCUGAACGGCUCCGAUCCGGAAGGGGAACCCGUGACCUACGGCAUGACCUUUGAUAAGGGCUCCAGAGAGUGUUUCAGUGUUGAGCCCAAAUCAGGGAAUGUGACUCUCAUUGAAAGUCUGGACAGAGAGGUUCAGGAUGAGAUCGUUGCAUUUGUGACCAUCACAGAUGGCAGAAACAAGGUUGUAGAAAAUGUGCGAGUGUUUAUCACAGAUGUUAAUGACGAAAAACCUGAGUUUAUAAAUCGACCAUACAUAGUGGAUGUCCCCGAGGACGCCGCCUCGGGCAGCAGCAUCUACAGGGUUCAGGCCGUCGACAGAGACCUCGGCUCUGGAGGAAGUGUCUCCUACUACCUGCAGGAAAGAAAUCUUCAUCAGUUGUCAUUUCGUUUGCAGUCCAGCAGUAAGUUCACCAUCGACGGUCACAGUGGCGUUCUGCGCAUCAGACCUGGUGAAUCUCUGGAUUACGAACUCUCCAGGACUCAUUUUGUCACUGUUGUUGCAAAGGAUGGAGGUGGUAAAUAUCACGGGAAAUACCAGGUUAUGACCUCAACAGCCAUCGUGACCAUCAAUGUCAUCGACACCCAAGAUUCUCCUCCAGUGUUUGUUGGUACUCCGUAUUUUGGAUUUGUCUAUGAAGUCUCUGUACCAGGUUCAGAGAUAUUCACUGUUUUUGCCAAGGACGGGGACCAGAACAGCCCCAAUCCCAUCCAUUACUCCAUUCUGAACGGCAGCGACGGCUUCUUUAGCAUCAACAGCACCAGUGGGUGUAUCAGCCUGACAUCAUUUCCUGUACAGCUGAGGAAUGAGUUAUAUGAAUUAAAAGUCAAGGCUUCGGAGGUUGGACCUGCCAACCAGAUAGUUGACUACGCCAUCACCACAGUCAGUAUUCGUGUGGUGGACCUGAACAACCACCCACCCACAUUCUACGGCGAGAACGGCCCACAGAACCGGUUUGAGCUGACCAUGUACGAACACCCGCCGGAGGGAGAGAUUCUCCGAGGCCUGAAGAUCACCGUCAACGACUCGGACCAGGGAGCGAAUGCUAAAUUUCGACUGCUGCUGGUGGGACCCCGAGUUCUCCGUGUGGUUCCUCAGACGGUUCUCAAUGAAGCCCAAGUCACCAUCAUUGUGGAAAACUCAACCGCAAUCGACUAUGAAAAAUACCAGUUCUUAACAUUCAAGCUGUUAGCAGUUGAGAUCGACACUCCGGAGCGCUUCAGUGCCACCGCGGAUAUUCUGAUCAAUCUUUUGGACACAAACGACAACAUUCCAAAGUUCUCCUCAGAGUUUUACAUUGCCAGGAUCCCUGAAAAUUCACCCGGAGGCUCCAACGUCGUCUCAGUGACCGCAACAGACCCCGACUCAGGGCUUUGGGGGGAAGUGAAAUACUCCAUCUACGGCUCUGGCGCUGAUCUAUUUCUCAUUCACCCCACGUCUGGCAUCAUUUACACGCAGCCCUGGGCCUCUUUAGAUGCUGAAGUGAAGUCGAAAUAUAAUUUCUAUGUAAAAGCUGAAGACACUGAGGGGAAAUACAGCCUUGCAGAGGUUUUUGUCACUGUGCUCGACCAAAAUGACCAUCCGCCAGAGUUCAACCAGAACUUCCUGGAAAAGACCAUGAUUAUUGGAGCACCAGUGCAAAUACAGGCUGUGGAUGAGGACGCAGAGGAACCCAAUAACAUCAUUGAAUAUUCCAUCAUGAAAGCCGAUCCAGACAACAUCUUUGACAUCAACACAUCCACAGGAGAGAUUAAGCUCAAACCAUACAUCAAGUCCAUGGAGAUCGUGCAGAACAUCACCAGACAGAAGGACUGCAGGUGGUCUGUGGUGGUUCAAGCCCGUGAUCGAGGCUCUCCGUCCUUCAGCACCACAGCCGUCGUCAAAAUCGACAUCACAGAGGCGAAUAGUCUCAAAGGGCCCAUGGCUGCCUUUCUCAUGCAGAGCCGGGACAAUCCACUGAAAGCUCUGGGCCUGGCGGUCGGCAUCAUUUCUGUUAUGGUUUUGGUGACAGUUAUGAUCUCCACGCUUAUGUUCUUUCGCAACACAAAAUCCAAUAGGAUCACGCCAGCACGUCGCAUCAUACGCAGGAGGCCCAAAGAGCAGCGGCACUGGACCUUCAGGUCAGCGUUUGGACAGAGCGACCCUAACGCUGGACGAUUCCUCGAUGACGACGAUGACACGAGUGGCAACAGCAGCUCCAGACCCAAGCCUCCUCCACCCAGCGCUCCUGUCCUGCCUCCUGCGCCUCCAGCCGGCUCCAGGCCGAGCGAGCGUGUGCGGGCCGUGCCCACGGUGUCCGGUGCUCUGGCCUCCAGAAUCCCCAGUCGCAGCUCCAGCUGCAGGACGAGCAAAAGCACAGAUGGCCAUGAGAGAUCCGACCACAACAAAGACGGCAGUGGCAUCAGCUCCGCUCUUGUGUCUGAGCUGAAAAUGAGAAUAGAACAGAAAAUUAUUGAGGCAAAUCAAGGUUAUUAUUACUGACACACUGACGCACUGGACACGUUUUACAUGUGUGGACCAAACAUUUGAUGUUACAAACAGCUGUUUGUGAAGAAUGUUUCUUUGUGUGUGAAAAAGUGUUUUUAAAGUGGCCAUCUGGUUCAUCUAAAGUGUUUCUGUUUUUCAAAAUGGCAUACAGUCAUAAUAAUAUGAUCUGGCUUGUUUUCUUGCAAGAAAAAAAAAUCAUAAAAAAAAACUUGCCAAUGCUGGUCUAUGCACAUGUGUUUGUAAACAGAAACAGCCAAUUAAGUGCUGUUUAUUUCAGUAAUGUACACCUCAAGUCCUGCUGUGCUUCUUAGACCAGUUUAUGCAUUAGUUCUAGUGAUGCCAAAUGCCACUGUAAUCUCAUAAUUAGCACCAUACUGCCAUCUUUAGGUUUCAGUACUUUUAGUCUAAACAGUCUAAUCAUUAAUACCCAAAACAGCCCUUUCUGUCCAUCAUUUUUCAAUAGAUGUGCUGUAUGUAGAUGUGUCCUACUGUCUGACUAUUUCUUCUUUGAACAACUUUUGCCUUGAGGAUCUUCGGUGAAAGUCUACUGACUGUACGGACAUCGGAAACCAGACUCUCUCAUUUGUAGUUAUUGCUGUCAGACCUUUUUAUUAUUAUUUUUAUUGUUUUUAUUCUUUUGUAAAGACAGUUUUUUCACUGAUAUUUUGGAAGUGAUUUAAGAGCAGAUGAAAAUACAUGUGCUAUUUGUACGGCAUAUCAAAAUGUCAAGUGUGUUUAUCAUGUAAACUCUGUGCUAUAAAUCCAUUUAGAAAUAAAACAUUUUUAAAGUGUUAUUUAAAAAAGAAAAAAAAAAUGAAAAGAGACUUUUUCUACUAUUCAGUUUUGCAGCAAUAGUAAUGUUGAAGAGUAAAAUUGGAGCAGUACAGAAGCUACUUGCUGAAAUAUUUUUCAUGUUGUUUUAGAUAAUUAAAAUAUUAAUUUUAAU